AUGGGCGGCUGCGGCGGUUGUAGCUUCAAAGGUCAGUCGACAGCGGUCGAAGAUACCUUCGUCGGCGUGCGCUUUGGCGAGGAAACCAACCUCACCCUGUGCAGCACCGGCCGAGCGAUCUUCGCCAAGGGAGAGAGCGUACUGGUAGAGACCGACAACGGACCGGCCUACGGCAAGGUCGAGCAAUCGCCCAUGCCGGUCUUCAAGCCCUGCCAAAAGUCGAGCGCCCAACGCAUCCUGCGCUCCGCCAAUCAGGCCGACUCCGCUGCCUUCGAACGCCAGCGACUCAACGAGUGGAAUGCCAAGCGCUUUUGCCGUGAUCGGGCCAAGAGCCUGCGGCUGGAAAUGAAAGUGUCGAAGGUCGAGUUCUCGUUCAACGGCAAGCACGCGACGUUCUACUUCACCGCCAACGGCAGGGUGGACUUCCGCCAGCUGGUGCGCGACCUCGCGCAGCGCUUUUCGACCCGGGUAAAGAUGGUGCAAGUCGGCGCCCGCGACGAGGCCAAACUGUUGGGCGGCAUCGGGGUUUGCGGCCGCACACUCUGCUGCUCGACCUGGCUCAAAGACUUUCGCCCGAUCUCGAUCCAGAUGGCCAAGCGCCAGAACUUGAGCCUCAAUCCUUCGAAAAUUUCCGGCCAAUGCGGGCGCCUGCUCUGCUGCUUGGCCUAUGAAGACGAUCAGUAUCGCAAGCAGCCUAGCCGCAGGGCCAUGAGUGGGAAAAGAUGA